CUGGCUACGAGUUGGCAUGGUAGGUCCAUGUCCCCCAUUAUUGUCCUCCCCAAGUGCAACCCAGGUUGGUCAAAACUUUGGCAACACACGAUAGGUGAGUGAGGGCAUUGGCGGAUCCUCCCGGCUGGCUUGCGUGUACAACAGCUUGACCACAUCUUGAAUAUAGGUAGAUGGAGUGGGAAGGCAUCGAGUAUUUGAUGCCAGGCUUUGUUCGGGCCUCCAUAGGUAUCGCGCUUUAGGCUUCUUUGCCCUUAAACAAGGCCUCCAGCCCUCCUCGGUAAGCGACAAUGGCCAAAGUCGCUUUUGAGGACCUGUCGGGUACUACUACGCCAGUCACCGGCAAUCCUUACGAUGGUUUGAUCGUUAGCUGCCAUGAUGAUCCAGCCCAAAUCCAAGAACGUUAUUCCUUGCAUCGCACAACUCGCAAUGCUCAGCAACGGGAGAAGAUCCUUUCAGACAGUUUCUGUGGUUGGAUCCUGGAUGAACAUUUGGUCAAGCUCGAUGGGCCCCAAAGAGACCCGAGUUAUGUUGAUCCACGGAAUUGCUUAGUGUUUUGGGGUCGUCCUACAAGCAAGGUCAAGGCAUUGAUCGAUCUGAUUCAAUCCAAGCUGAAAGAUGCUGCUCCGGAUCUAUGGUUGAUGCCAUUGGACAAUCUUCAUAUCACGGUGAUGGAGGUUGCGCACUCCAAGACCGAGGAGGAAAUACAAAGCUUGAUGAACAUUCUCCAGGCACAUUGUGAGCGCAUUGCAGAUCAUACGCAUGCUCAUCGCGCUCGUCUUGUCAAGCCAGUACUAAGCUAUGAUUCGGCCGCCCUGGCCCUGUCAUUUGUGCCUGCGGCGGGAGAGUCACUCUCACACGGACGAACCUUGGAGGACGAUGCAUAUACAUAUCAUCACUUGAGACGAGACACUUACGCGGCCUUGGUGGAAGCGGGCAUCGAGGUCGGAUCACGAUAUGUGGUUCCGUCAGCCCACCUCACCAUUGCGAGGUUCAAUUCGCCCAACGUAUUCGGUGGGGAUCCCCUGGAUCCUAAUCCGGCUCUUGAUCCCAAGAAGCGCAGACACUGGAUCAGCGAGAUCGAAACCAUCAACAAAUGGUUGGAGGCCGAGUUCUGGACCCAGGGAGAUCAACUCAUGAAGCCUGGUGGUGAAUGGAUCGUGGGAGAAGAGAAAGGAUUGGAUUUCCGUAAUGGCAGGCUAUGGUAUGGAGGUGGUGAAACAAUCUAUCUUGGCCAAGGCUUUGUUCAUGGUGAAGUCUAAGGUUCUGGGAGGAUAAUGACAACAGGUGUGUGGAGGAGUCAAGGAGGGAUGUAAGUAUCUUUCUGAUGGUGACGAGGGCUCUGGUUCAAGAAUGCUCACCAUCCAACGAUGUCACCGAGAUAUCACCUCGUCCACGGAUCAAUGGAGGCCAGGCUUGUCAAGGCACGACAUAGCAGACGUGACGACUAGAAUGAAUCACCGGGCAAUGACAAUGACGAUUGCAAUUGCAAUUUGGUGACGUAAAUUUGAC